AUUGCCUGCAUGUCUGUCCGUCUAGUUUUUUUGCAUGUCUGUCUGUCUAGUUUGCCUGCAUGCCUGUCUGUCCGUUUAAUUUGCAUGCAUGUCUGUCCGUCUAGUUUGCCCAUAUGUCUGUCUGUCCGUCUAGUUUGCCCGUAUGUCUGUCUGUUGGUCUAGUUUGCCUGCAUUUCGGUCCGUCUUGUUUGCCUGAAUGUCUGUCCGUCUAGUUUGCCUGCAUGUCUGUCCGUCUAGUUUGCCUGCAUGUCUGUCCGUCUAGUUUGCCUGAAUGCCUGUCUGUCCGUCUAAUUUACCUGCCUGUAUGUCUGUCUGUCUAGUUUGCCCGUAUGUCUGUCUGUAUAGUCUGCCUGUAUGUCUGUCCGUCUAUUUUGCCCGUAUGUCAGUCCAUCCGUCUAGUUUGCCCAUAUGUCUGUCUGUCCGUCUAGUUUGCUUGCAUGUCUGUCCGUCUUGUUUGCCUGCAUGUCUGUCUGUCUAGUUUGCCUGUAUGUCUGUCCGUCUAGUUUGCCCGUAUGUCUGUCUGUCCAUCUAGUUUGCCUGCAUGUCUGUCCGUCUAGUUUGCCUGCAUGUCUGUUUGUCUGUCCGUCUAGUUUGCCCGUAUGUUUGUCUGUCUGUCUAGUUUGCCUGUAUGUCUGUCCAUGUAGUUUGCCUGCCUGUUUGUCUAUUUAGCUUGUCUGCAUGUCUGUUUGUUUUUCUAUCUAGUUUGCCUGCAUGCCUGUCUGCUAUGAACAGUAGAUAGUUGUUUAUUUGUAGGUCCUUUAAUUCAAUUUUGGUUUAUUAAUUGACUGUAUCUUAUUUGUGAUGUGUCCACUUAUACUUCUGAAACAAUACUUUGACCUGUUAUUUCACGGCCAGUAUAAAGAAGUGGAGCAAUGUGUAUGAUGUGGAGAAUGAUGUGCUAUUUGACUUGUUAAGCUGUUGGCUCACGUAUUCAGCUUGGCCCAGAUCCAGCGAGUUUUAACACUAAACCCCAGACUAAUCCUGUUCUGCAAUUGCCCCAGUACAUACGUGCGCUGAGACUCCUAGAUGCAAGUCACACACGCAAUAUCUUUUUCACAAUCUUACACACACAUUAUUUUCGAGUUCAAUGGGUUCUGCAAUGGCGAUAAUGUAUUUUCGGAAAAAACCCCCACAGCUGGAUAUCUGAUGGGACCUGAUGCACCGUUUGAUAGCGUAAGAGAUGGUUUUGAUGUUUUGUCAAGUGCCAUCAUGGAAUAUUCUUGUAGUCUGCCACCUGCUGUUUGCAUUCAACUGGAACUCUGUUAUAGCUGGUGAAUGUGACGGAGGGCACAGUGAGUUUCUGACAGUCAAAGAUCCUGAACACAGAAUCAUGUUGGAUGUGUUGAAUGACAACAAGCCGGAGUUUCUAAAAAGCUCAAUACAAUCUCUGGAUCUCAGCGAGUUGACAGCAGUGAACACUGUAGCAUUUACCGUCCAGGCCAUGGAUGCUGAUGGAGACACGCUUACAUACAUCAUUGAUGAAACAUCACCUGACGCCGGAUAUUUUCGCGUGGACUUGCCCAACAGCGGCAGAGUGAUUCUCAAAAAAUCUCUGGAUUAUGAAAGCAAAACUCAGCUUCGGAUAACUCUUUAUGCCGUGGGGUCUUACCAAAACACGACAGCAACAAUAAUAAUCAACGUAUUGGAUGGAGAUGACCAAUACCCACAAUUCCUGCCGUGUAUUCUUCUCUCGGCCAAUCACAGUAAACGGAUUUGUGCCAAUCCGCUGUACACUGCCAACAUCACAGAGAAUGAGCAGGACAUUGUUUUGGACUUUUCUCCGGGGCCGAUUCAAGCUGCGGAUGGUGAUAGGGGUAUCAGAACAACAUUAACAUAUACCAUCCUAUCAGGGGCAGAUAAUGGGAGAUUUGUCAUGGACAGUACCUCUGGAGAGGUGAGGUUAACCAGACGCGUGGAAAACCGACUGCUGACCCCGAUGCUGAGACUGCGUGUCAUGGCAGCUCAGGUGGACGAUCCUCUGAAGUAUGCAGUAGCCACGGUUCUUGUGAGGGUUCUAGCAGAGAACAGAUAUCCAGCCCAAUUUAAUCGUUUAGUGUACCAUGGUUUUGUCAGUGAGGGCACAAGUCCCGCCUCUCUCGUCAUGACGUACGGCAAUAAGUUACUCACAAUGCAGGCCGUGGAUCAGGACUUUGCUGAUGGCUUCAAUCCCAGACUGCAGUACUCUCUAAACUCAGAAAACAGCAGCUCUCGACUGUUUUACAUUACACAAGAGGGACUACUCAUCGCUAAAACCAACCAGCUACAUCUCAACCACAAAUACUUCCUGGAGGUGGUAGCCACUGAUCUGGAGUCAGGGGACACUGUUAAUGCUGCCUUACAUGUAGAAGUUCUUCAGAAAGGCCAACCAGUUCCUCAGGGUCCUUUGGGAUCGGGGCAUCCUGAUGGCAUUGAGACGGUGGGCAGGGCAGAGGGCUUGGUAGGGUUGUGUCUAAUCUUACUGGGCAUUACCUUAUUCAUGCUGGUGCGGUGUAUAAGGAGGAGAAGAAAGAGGCGGGAUCCUUUAAUACACGCCAAUGUGGCAGACAGCAAACACCCUAAUGUGAUGAACCAUGGGAGACCAAAGCCUCCAGUGGAGGAGUCGUUUUAUCACAACGAGGCUUUCAGCGGGUACGAUGGCUCGACUUCACCUUUUUAUGGCAAACAAGGCGUCUACACCAAAACAGAGGAACCACCAACAUCCACUGUCGACUUGCCACCAGUAACCUUCGAUAUUCCUUUACUGGAUCCAGUAGUUUCUGCCACACGUCCCAAUGGAAGGCCAGCAGACAGAUCCAGCAGUAAAACGGUGUCGUUUCGGGAUUUUGCUGUGGUUCGGGAAUGUGAGGAAGAGCAGAAUAGAGAAGCAAAAGCAUCACUCAAAACUAAAAUAGAGGCUUGUACCAAUACAGAGGAAGUGGACAACGAUUGCAUGCAUGUAAAUACUGAUUUAGGUAUAGCAGAAGAUAAAAGCGUAACCGGAUUUGACACAGAAUCACAACUUGAGUCAGAGAUGCACAGUGUAAAAGUAAAAAUAGCCAUCAAAGACUAUGACCCUGAAGAUAAAGUGAAUACUUUACAAGUUCAUACAAACCCUGAGAAAACAACAAACCAACAUAUCACAAAUCCGGAGAUGCUCAAAACGUUCGUUCCUGAAGAGAAACAAGCAGGAGAUUCAUAUCAGGAUGACACAGAUACAGAAAAAGAUGCCACACAAGCAGACUUUCCAGUUUCAUCCCAUCCAAAACUCUCGAGUUCUGAAGCAAGGUCAGAUGGGAUCAGUAAAUAUGUUGAUCAUCAUAUAGAUCCUGCAUAUUCAGCUACAAAGAAUUCUAUGGAAAAGAUAGAAACAGGAAUUCAGGAAUGAUAACGGUCCAAGACUCGCAGAUACGCUAAACUAAAACAUUGCUACGCGAAAUCGAACAAACACGCAUCAAACACGCACAAUGAAUCUUGAUUCCACUCAACGUAAUGUGUCAAAGCAAAAACCGACACCACCACAGACCUGAACCAGAUAAGAUUAAACCCGCAUUAUGUUAAUGAGGACACCCAAAUCUAAUUUAGAUAACGUUAGCAUGAAGAGAACCAGCAUACAAGUAAUCAAAAUCUUGUACAACCAACUUGACAUGAACAUACAGGCAAACAUAGAUCCUGAUUUAUACAGUACAGAUAGACAGGUAUAUACAUUUAACAAGAGAGAUGCGACAAGUGACUCAGUAAUGAAAAACAAAUUGUACUGAAUUAGAUUCUCCUGUAUAGCUUAGUGGUAGAGCAUUGCAUUAGCAUUGCAGAAGGUCUUGGGUUCAAAUCCAGUGGCGGCCAGUGACUUCUCUUCUGAUGGGUGCGAAUUUAAAGCAACACUAUGUAGUUUCCAUGUAAAAAUGACUUACAGCUCCCCCAUGUGGUUGAAAAGCGCAACAGUGCCUGGUAUGAGACACUCUUCUGCAGGCAGGGGGAGGGGCGGGGCUGUGUUUCCUACCCUCCACCGCCACUUUCAAAGUGUGCUUGUAGCAGCUAGGAGGCUGCUCAGGUUGCAGCAACAGUACAAUUUGUCCAGUUAAAAGUUGUUCUAUCACUGAAAUAAUUUUAGAGAAAUUAUUUAAAGGUAAAAAAACUACAUAGUGUUGCUUUAAAAUAUGUGUUUCGCAUAUCAUGUCAAAAUAUCAUGCGUCACGUGAAAUUAUCUGCAUCAUGCGUCAUGUCAAAAUAUGUGCCUGCUGCACACACAUGUCGAAAGGGUUUAUGACAUAAAAAAACGGCCGCUACUGUUCAAAUCCAGGGAAUAAUGCAUACUGAAAUGUAUACCUUGUAUUCCACUGUAAAGUCGCUUUGGAUAAAAGCAUCUGCCAAAUGCAUUAAAGGUGCAUUGCGUAAAUUUAAGAAUGAUCUCUUGACAGAAAUGUAAUAUAAUAUACAUAAUAAAUAUAUUAUUAGUGGUGUAUAAUGAACUUUACAUAAUGAACUGUAUUGUUUUAUUUAUUUUAGAAUGAGCCGUUUUUAUCUACAUACACCGCAGGUUCCUUUACAUGAAAGUCGCUGUCAUGUUUCUACAGAAGCCCUCUACAGAGCACGUUUUUGCCUCAGACGAUGACGUGUUUGUCCUACCGUAGCUUCUCUAUGCGUUUCGAAAGGCAAGGGUGAGCUGUGGACUGAUUUGUUGGUUGCAAGUCACAAUCUCAUGUCUAGAUGCUGCUAAAAAUCUACAUAGUGCACCUUUAAAGAGUAACUAUAGUCCGAUUCACGAUUUUACAUUUCCUUUGGUGUGUAAGAGUGUAUUAAUACUUGUUAACGAUAUGCAAAAGGUACAGACCCCAAAGUAAACGAUGACGUGAGUUUACUUCCUGGGAUUGGUGAUGUAGACAAGACCGACAUUAUCAUAAUUCCUCCCACUUUGACUCACAGUCUGUAAAUUAACUCCUGUUAGCAUUGCAUUAUAAGCGAAUCUUUCAAACAUGGUAAGGAGCAUGACAUUAGAGGUA